GCCCCGCGUUGAACCUCAACCAUGGAAUUGCGCGUAGCCUUGCUGCAACCAUAGGACAAGAGGUGUCGAGGAGCAACUGGGUGUCACCCUGUAAAUACAGAGUUGCGUAGGAAGCGGAGAUGAGAACCCAUCAUGCAUUUGGAGUUGCGACGUGACCACAUCUAGGACUUGUCACCUGUCAAUUCCCCCCUCCUCUGGCGUUUCACCCAACCGGCCAUCAACAACCUUGGGAUCCAGCUUGCCAGCUCGCUUCCGCUUCAGUCUCUGAUCUGCGACCGGCUCCCCGCAACCGUAUUGCAACGAUGGCAUCUCCGCCGUUACCGUCAGCCUCGCCGUCACUGUCACCUGCCCCAGGCCGCGCCAGCCGAGGCGGCGACCAUGAUUCGACGGCAGGCGAGGACAAGCCUCCGUCACCCAAGUCGAUCCCUGAAACGCUUUGGGCGCUCCAGGUGCCGCUGUACAUCACGCACUCGUCCCUCCCCAACACUCCCUUUGUGGCUGCCGUACCCCGCUUCAGUUACCUGGCCUUUCUGCUGCCGCGGCUGACGGCCUACUUCGGGAUGCCCUGCUCGAGCUUCCACCACGAGGAGAUCCAGCUGCGGAACCUGCCCGUGGGUCUGCUGCUCGACCUGUACCAGCCGACCUCGCUGCCGUGGCGCUUGGUCGUCGGCGACGGGCCCGAGUGGGACAUCAGCGACACCUUCCUCAACGGUGCCAAGGAGGCCGACUUCGUGCGGAACAACAACGCGCAGCAGAUCAUGAGCCUGUCCAAGGCUGAUACCACGGCGCUGUGGAAUGCAGUGCAAGAUAACGACUACGCAGCCUUUGCUAGGGUAAACACCCGGCUCCUCAACCCAGCCACCCCUCUCAAGUCCGCCCCCGUACGCAUCUACAUUCCCUCCACUGUCCCCGACGCCACCAGCGCCGCCCCAUUCUCCUACAAGGUGAUACAAACGCUGGUGCCCCCGCGGACAUCCAAUAGGACCCAACAGACCCUCGGCUCGGCCCUGAGGGGCCUCCUGCCCAGCCUGUUCCCGAGCAGCAGGGACCCCGUGCUGGCGAACGUGAUCCUCCACGGCUCGCCGGUGCCGUUCUCGGCGCCACUGGAGGAGCUCAUGCGCGAGGCGGCGUAUCCGGAUGGUUGGCUUUGCCUUAUUGUUGUCCUUCUGUAGAGGGGCUAGGGAUAUUUGUAUGAUUUCUGUGUCCAUGAUUUGUUGAUAGCCCCAAUUGCGAGCAUUGUUUGGAGUUACAAAGGCCUUCUUGCCUAAUGACAUAGAUAUCCAGGGUCUUACAGUGGUUAGGGAUGUAAAUGGUUAUCAUCCAGUUGGCCGAGUAGCGUCACUGGAAGAUGCAGGAGGCACCAGGAUUUAUCAUCUCUAUCGUCGAUUUCUUCUACCCCAACGCUCGACACACCCGGCCAAGAAAGGCCUGUAGUUCUCCAACAACCCAGUACAUGUUGUCACCCACGCCCGCUGUUAUAUAUAUAUCUAUGCACUCGUCCAACAUAGGUGGUCAUGAGGGGGACAAGGAC